UCCGCUCGAAUAUAGUAUUUCCGGGUCAAACUUGUGUCGUCUGCUGUACAUGGACAUAAAUAUAUUUGACACCACAUAGACCUACUGCUGAUCAGAAUGUUUCAAAAUGUUGUGUCAACAAGAGAGUUAUUGUCAGACAGUUUCAGUGAACGACAGGAUACCUGUGAACUGUCAUAUGGGUCGCAGCAGUAUUCUCAACUUCCAUAUUCUCAACAAGAGUUCUCACAAGUCAGCACACAGGAUAUGUUUACUCAACAGUUAUCCAGUGGCUCACAGAAUGAGAUGAUGCAUGGUACCCACAGCAGGAAACCCACUCUGUAUGAUAAGUGGAAAAACAAAGCCACUUCUGCAUUCAAGCAGGUGCCUGCAAGCAAACAAAAUACCAGCACUAGCACUGUGACAAGCAGACCUUUGCAGACCAAAUCUAAUUUUGGUAUUCAGCAGCUACAGAUAAACAAAACAAGGGCCAAGGAGAGAGAUGAAAGGGACUUUCUACAACAAGUGGUGAAUACUGUUCAAGAUAGCUCCAAAGAGGUAAGACUGACUUUAUGUGCUGUACGAGAAAAAUUGGAACACACUGCAGAUCAAUCUGAACAGAAUCUACAACAAAUCAUAACGUCAUUCUUAGAUGACCUGUGCAAACACCAAGAUAAGAUUCUUAAUGCUAUUCAGGAGAAAGACAGUAAUUCAUGCAGGAUGCAUGAUUUGGAAAGAGAUCUAGCCAUGAGAGAUGCCAAGAUUCAAUCUUUGGAGAAGAUUAUUGAUGACCAGGAGAAAGAUAAGCCAAAUAAGAUUGUGUGUGCCCUGCAAAAAGAAUUACUACCUCCCCAUCAGAAAGUGGAUGAGAAACUGUCAGAGCUGUUGGAGACUACACGUGACAACCAUGAGCAGUACACUCAACAGAUUCAUGAGCAGAAACAACAGCUAGAGCAACAGCAGAAACUCUACUCCGACCUCAAGAAGGCUCAUCAGACUCAGGUCAAAGACACAGAAAAAAGAUUGAUGACAGAAGUUUCCAACUUACGCAAAGACAUCAGGAAAAAGGAGAGUAGUUGUCUGCAAGAUAUCUUGGAACAGCUGAAGAUGGCACAAGAGCAACAGAAUGAAGAGCUAGAAAGUCACAUCUCCAGGCUUAUCGAUAGGCCAACAGAAGUCUCAUAUCAUUCCCGAGAUCAAGGACUGCAAAGGAAAGAGAUACAGGCUCUUUUCAAAAAGCACUGGGAAUCAGUGGAGAGAUUUGUUGAAACUCAGUUUAACAAGCAGUUGAAAGUACAAGAGCAGCAGCUUGAGAGUGCAGUGCAAGACAUUAAAGAUGCAGAGUGUAAGCAUGAUCAGUUCAGUAGCUUCUUGUCCCUACCCCAGUUUGAGGAUAAGAUGGGUCAAUACCAUGAAGAUUUUAAGAAGCAGGUGGAAUGUUUGCAUGAGAACCAUGUAAAGGAGUUACAACAACUGAGGACUGCAGAACAGGUAAAACAGCGAGAACAAAAGAAUAAAGAGUUGAACGUACAAACAGAUGUUGGGAGAAGGUUCAGAUGGGACAAAGGACCAAACACAAACAAGUAUGAUGGUCUGGAUAGAAAGAGUACAAAUGAGGCCUGUCGCUUUCCUAAAUCCACUGUUGUGUUUGGAAGAUGUGAAGCAAAUGGAUCAUUACCAGUACGUGAAUCAGCAAUUGUAUCCCCUCUAACAGCAAACUACAAGAAGCUAAAUUCCAGAUCUUUCUUUUCAAAAUCAACAUUCUCCCCAGUUGCCACUGUUCAACCUCUAAGAAAUGAAACUCAACUUAUUUCAAACCUAUUACAUGCUGAAAAUCAACAGACAGAGGCAAUAGUAACUGAAACUGUCACACAUAUUGAAAAAAAGAAGACAAAUAAAAGGAAGAAGAAGAGGUCCAAAUUUGCAAAAGCUGAGAAAUCCAAACCUCUGACAUCUGAACUUGCACCAUCUUCUGAACCUGUUCAAGGCAGAGUACUGAGGCAGAGGAAUUUAGUGAUUAAUCAACAAGCUAAUAAAAGCAUGCCAAAAACACUUGCAUGCAGAGGAAAAGUUUCAGAGACAACACCAGGACUAACCUCAACAUCAAAAGCAAUUUCAUUAAACGACACGACCUUGACAUCAAAUAGGCCUACAGCACCAUCUGUAAAUUCUCCAAACAAGAAUGUAUCAGUGUAUGAAUUUAGAGAUGAAGACAUUGGAGACAGAACUAGAGCUACCAAGAAACCUUUCGUUGGCAGUAGGACACAAAGUUAUCGGUUCACCUCUCACAAAAAUGAACUGAUGACCAUGGACACAAGCCAAACUGUCACAUUUCCAAGGCCUCUGACAUCACCUUGCAUAGAUUCAAAUGAGAGCCGUGACUCUUCUCCAUCAUUGUCUAUUACUGAAGUGGUAGUGAGGAGGAGAAUCAAAUGUGACAAGCAAACACCUGACAUGAACCUGCAUUUUAACACAGGCGGAUUAGAGACAUUUGCAAGAAAUCAACAACUACCAAUCUAUGAUAUACUGAGUACACCAACCAUCAAUGCUGACAGUAAACACAACAACCCAACAUUCUGGACAUAUCAACACAGUUUGAGAACAGCACCGCCCAUGAGAAGAGCUGGGAAGCGAAGACUUUGUGAUACCCAGAUGGAUGACAAUGUUAUACAGUGCUUACGUAAUCAAACUAAACAACUAUGCUGAUGUUGGUAGAUAUGCAGUCUGUGACUAUAGAUACAAGACUCCAGCCAGAGUAAGCACAGACUUAAAUAUGUCUGCUAACAUACACUGAACAUUUCUAGUAUUGUUCUGUUCGAUCAAGUAGGCAAAGCCAAAUAAGUUCCAAAUAAUAUUACAAACUUCUGAAAAUGAUACUUAAAACUGAGUUUGGGCUUGAAGACUCAAAUGUUUUUGUCACAGACUGGACAUGAAGUAAAAACUGCCCUCAUGCAUUUGCAGAGCUACAAAAUACAUUUUGUGAAUAAGUCAAAGUAUUAAUAACUUUGCCCAUAUUUGGAUGUUUGUUUGUUGUUCAAUGUCGCACUGAGCAAUAUUCCAGCUACGUGACAGCGGUCUGUAAGAAAUCGAGUCAACGUGAGCAUCGAUCCACACAAUUGGGAUCGAUGACAUGCUUCAACCA